AUUUUCCAGUCAACUUUAAAUUAAAGGCUUGGUUUUAACUUGAUUAACAACUUGUUCAAAUUUUCAUGAUUUCUACUCAAGUGCUCAAAAUCACAUUUUUUGGGUGGGCGAUAAAAUUUUUUUAAUAUUAUUAGGAAGUGUCCCACCUUUCCACGAAAACUACGCCCGUUUAUCAUAACUGUGAAAUUUUGGGGGGAUGGGGGGUACUCUCUAGAAGAAGCUGCAGCAAAGCUGGAGGUUUGUUUAAGGAUAUGCAUUAAACUGGAUAAACUAUAAUCAACUAUAACAAUAUAAGCCAUACCGGUAUUAAUUUUUUUUUAAAUAAUAGAUGGUAAAAAAACUAAUUUUGAAGUGGUAUCUGUAGUUCCUCUAACCCCUGCUAUCUAGACAGUACACACUAGAGACUAGACAACUCACUGUCUAUAAGAAAAUAGCUUAUAAUUAUUAAUAAUUAAUUAUCAUUGCUAUUGCAGUGUUAUUCUCUCAUCCCUUAUAUAUUUAUCGACUCACUUAGUUACAAUAUAGCAAAAAUAUGGCAUUAUAUACUCAUUUUUUUGGCUGAUCCAGCCACAAAAAAUUUAGGAUUCAUUUCGGGGGGGAUAGAUCCCCAUAUUCCCCCCCCCCUGGAUGCGCCUGGACACUGACUAGUCAUGUCCGUCACAGCACGCGGGACGAUCGUUAAUUUUAAAAUUUUCCCGCUUAGAGCUUAGAAAUUGUCGGGACGGCCUAGAAAUAAAUGUCCCCGCUCCCGCACACGAUUCGCACCGGUAUUUUAGAGUGGUGUGGUUGUCGGAACUGCGCGACUAAUCACACUAGUGCUCUGCGCAAACUCAAGUCACUUCGAUUGAGCAGGACAGUCCCGUAUCCCCCUAUCCGUCCCCCUCGUAUUAAAAUGCCAGUUGCUUUGUGGCAUGGCGUUCGCAUCGCAUCGCAGCUGUUGAUGGGUUGAUGCGUCGUCUGCUGUGUUUCCUUUCAUUUCCACUUGCCUGUACUAUUUAUUAUAGUCGCCCAUAUUCUCAUUAGUUUUAAUCCUUUAAAAGUCUAUUCCCUUUUUAUUUCUCACUACGACUAACUUAGUGCUUUGAAGGUUUAGAACAUAGUGAAAUAAACAUGUUUUUGUGAGGUGUCUAUUCAAAUUCAGGAACUGUUAAAGGGACUGUCAACUAUUCUACAAUAGUUUGUAGUUGGCCUAUAUAAGGUUGACAUUCUUUGGAGUUUAUAAUUUAUUGAGACUCUGUAUCGCCAUAUUUCUAACAAUAUAUAUUUUCUUUCCAAGUAUAUUAGGUUGACAUGUCAAAUGAAGAUUACUCCAUGUAUAUUGUAGGAUCAAUUUUUAGGUUAUAAAAUAAGUGAACUUUGACUUAUUGUUUACUUGUGAGGUCGUUUUUUUUGUAUUAAGACUGAAUAGGCUACUGUAGGCUAGAUUUUUUGUCAAUCAACAGUAGUAAAAUGUGAAAUGAGGCGUUAGAUUAGUGUUUAUGGGUUAUCAAAAUUGAUUAUCCUAUGAUGAGCCUUGCGGUAAACGGGAGCGGUAUGUGAUAAGUGCCCUGACGGGACGUUAUUCACUGCUAACUGACUGCGGGAAACGGGCACGAUGCGGGAGCGGACUUCGCGCACCUUAUUUUGCGGCUAACUAGAAAAUAUAAUUUGCAAUUCUCACGAUUCAACCAUGACGAGCCCGUCAAGCACUGAACUUUUUUUGGAAGUCAUUUAUACAUUUCCGCUGUUGUACGACAUCAACCACAAGGACUAUAAAAACGUAUGGAAGAGGGAUAAGAUUUGGGAGGACAUUGGCAAGACACUUGAUGCUCCAGGUGACGAGUUGAAGAAAAAAUGGAGAAAUCUACGGGACACAUAUGUGAAGUAUCUGAAGGCUACCAAACCUACCAUUGAACAAGCAAAAAAGAAUUACAAAACAUGGACUUGGGCUACUCAGAUGGAAAAGUUCAAACCUUACCUUGGAGCAGAAAAGACCAAAGUAUCUGACGACAGAGAUGAAUCCUACUUGGGCCAUGUGCUUGAAUGUGAGUUGCUGGAAAUGGACAGCCCUGGUCCUUCCUCCGAACCUCCUUCCAAGAGAAAAAAACUGGUUCAUUCCCCUACAUCCAUCAGCAGAAAUAUUGAAAACGUGGCUCAAUCACUCGAGAAUGAAAGUCAAGUCAAUUUCGAUUCAACAGACCAUUUGAUGUUGAGUUAUUCAAAAACAAUAAAAACUUUUUCUCGUGCCAGACAGGCAGGGAUAAAAUUGAAAAUUGCACAGUUAGUGAAUGAAGCUGAAAUGGAGCAAAUUCGAGAAGACGAACAAUCUGCGCAAUGCUUCUCGUCAGUAGGCAGCUGGGGAAAUUUGCAAAAACGCUAAUGAAGAGCUUAACGAACGUCAGAUCAGUGUUUAUAGCUUACAGGGAAAAUUGUAGCAUCAUUACAUCAGAUAUUGUGUGUGUGAAGAAAAUUAAAACACAAUUGUAAAAUUCUAAUGUAUAUGUGAUUAAGUGCCUCAAAUAGAGAAUAGUGUUUUUAAGUACAGAA